UAACAACUUAAAAGUAUGACGUAAGUAACAAUGUACAAUGUAAAGCAAAACUAUAAAUCUCAGGCAGCUUUUACCUCAAUAUCAUUUUGAAUCAUAUUUUAAAGCAGGACUUGAAGAAAAGCAGGAAAACUGAGGGUAUGUCUUUUCAAGUAGAGACAGAUGCGAUACCCAUUCCAGCAGAAUCAGAUGAUACCGCUAAUGCAAUUUCUACACAGACCAAUAGCGAAAGCUUGAACAUCGCUGAUACUCCCCCUCAAGAUCAAGUUACCAACGACCAGAACAAUGAUGAUUUGUCUAAUCAAACAAUACAGGAACCACUCACUGAUUUGGUAUUGCCUCUAAGGCCACCUAAAGAUUUUGAAUUGAAUAAUUUCUUGUUAUGUCUUGCUGAGGAAAUAGAACAUGAUGAUCUAGAAAAAAUGAAGUUCCUGCUAUUGGGAGAGGAAGGAAUUUCCACAAGAACGACAGAGCAAAUAAAAUCGCCUCUAGAUCUGUUCAAAUUACUAAAGAAGAGGUCAAUCAUAAGUAGACAUGAUAUACUUUAUCUACAACUGAUGUUAAAAUUUACCGGAAAGGAAAAAUCGAUACGUAAGGCUUGCGAUUUUGCCAACAAUACGAAAGAAACAAUACAUUUCUUUCCACCUCCAAAAAAACCAGCCGAUGGUUACAAGUAUGCUCAGCUUCACGUUAAAGUUCCGGAUGCUCAAAAGUAUACAAGACAAAGUCUAGAAAAUCUGAGACGAAGGAUAUCUAUGAUGACAUUCGCACUCGAAUCCGACAUACAUAUCGUUGGUCUUGAGUCACAAAGUAUACUUGUCACGUUUAUGAUGCCUUCCGUGUAUGCAGAGAUUCUUGAAGACUUGUUAGAUAGAAAGAUAUACUCUGAUGUGUUUCAAGAGAUGAUGGUAGAUUACGUGGUUGUUUGCAACAGAAGAUUUAUCUUCGAUGUAAAAGAUUCAGCAUCUGAAACAAAUAUAGAAAGUACAGAAACACUUGAAAUUAACAAAGAAGAUGAUGAAUCUGAAGAAACGCAACAUCAGAAUGAGGAAAGCAAAAUGGAAUACCUUAAAUUAUUGAACGAACUUGAAACUAUCAAAAUUACAAUGAAACAAAAGGAGAAAGAGAGCACAAGAGAAAUUGAUAAGCUUCAGAAAGAAAAUGCUUGUUUGCUUUUGGAACUAGAACACAUCAAACAAGAUCAUUCAGAAUAUCCAAGAAAAAAUGGUGUAAAAAAGCAGAAUGGCUUGAAGGCAUUGAAAAUUGCAAACUAACAACCGUAUCUGCUAAAAAAGUGUGUAUUGUCACAUUAAAUAUGAUAGUGAUUAAAAUAUAGCUUUACACAUGUCAAAACAGUAGGUAAUAUUAGUACUGUACAUGUUUAUUAUCGCAUAGUGCGGCAAUUUUCCUUUGAUCUUUACAGUAUGUUAAACAUGGUAACACACAUUAUUAUUACAAAUAUGUGCUGAUAUUUUACAAAACUGUUACGAUAUAUAUCAACACGGAAAUCUCUAUUGAGUUUCAUUAUAAAAUGUUGUGAUAUAUAUCGCAACACUUUUUCUCUUACCGUGGCCAGGUCCUAUCGAGGGAGUAUAAUUUUUUCCUUUCAAUUUACAGUUCACAGAGAAAGAAUUAUCACAAACACCUACAUUCAUAAAGUAAAAGCAUAAAUAAACUAGAAUAUUUCAAAGA